AAUGUUAUCACUUUGCAAAUGGGUGAAAUGUGCAGAUUAGGAUGAAGAGACAGCGCAGAUUUCAGCUGGUUCAAAGCUUUUGGCUUUCAUGUCGGAUGACCCAUUGAAUCCGGGUCAUCGUGACGAGUUGAAUUCGGGUGUGGGAGAAUGGCCAGAGAGAGAUAGCAAAAGUAAGCGAUGGUUUGAUUCGUAAGCUUAAAGAAAUGUUGUUUGAUUAUACAGCUUAACAUCCCUACCAAACAUUCUCUCUCUCACUUCAACAACCCCGUUUUCCCAAUCUUCAAAGCCACUCUCCGAUUAGCUCUCCUUUCUCCUUCAAACUCACCAGAUUCCGGUUGUCCUUCUUCGCUGUCUUGGCUGCGAAGUUGGGAGAGGAAAGAUGAUGAAGCUGACGGCGUUGCAGCAGCAGGCCCGCCGGAGCAACAGCUUCAGGGGAUCGUCGCCUCUGGAUUUGUCGUCCGACGGCGCCGUGAAGUCUCCGGCUGCUAUUUUCUGGCUUCUCCUCCACGGCCUCUGCUGCCUCAUUAGCCUAGUCCUCGGAUUCAGGUUCUCCCGCCUCGUGCUCUUCCUUAUCUUCUCCAACUCCGCCACCCCGAGCAACAACCUCUACUCCGCCCGGUUUACUGAUCCCGGCGCCGCCACCGUGGCUGUUCAGCAGGCUGUGGACCACGGAUCUCCGACGUUGACGAAUAGCCGAGUGGUUGUGGGGCGGCACGGGAUCUUAAUACGCCCGUGGCCGCAUCCAAACGCGACGGAGGUGAUGCAGGCUCAUAAGAUAAUUGAGAUUGUUCAGAGGGAGCAGAGGUUUCAAUAUGGAGUCAAAACUCCGAGGACUUUGAUUGCAAUCACUCCCACCUAUGUCCGAACCUUCCAGACCUUGCAUCUCACCGGAGUUAUGCAUUCCCUGAUGAACGUGCCGUACAAUGUCAUCUGGAUUGUCGUCGAAGCCGGCGGCGCUACCAACGAGACCGCCUCAUUGCUCGCCAAGUCAGGACUCAGGACUAUCCACUUAGGACUUCGCGACAAAAUGCCUAUUAUGUGGGAAGAUCGCCACAAAUUGGAGUCCAAAAUGCGAGUUAGGGCUUUGAGAUACAUUAGAGAUGAGAAACUGGAUGGAUUGUUGAUGUUUAUGGAUGAUAGUAAUAUGCAUAGUUUGGAGGUUUUUGAUGAGAUCCAAAAGGUUAAAUGGUUUGGUGCCCUUCCUGUUGGCAUUAUAGCUCAUUCAGCUGGCGCUGAUGAGGAGCUCUCGGUGAUCAAGAAAAACGGUGAAAAGAAUUCGCAGCUGCCAGUUCAAGGUCCAGUUUGCAAUUCUUCGAAGCAUCUGAUAGGUUGGCAUACCUUCGAUUCAUCCCCCUUUGUGGAAAGGAGUGCGAGAUACAUUGGUGACAAGGCGGUUGUGCUGCCAAGAAAGCUUGAAUGGGCUGGCUUUGUGUUGAAUUCUAGACUGCUGUGGAGAGAUGCUGAUGACAAGCCGGAAUGGGUUAAGGAUUUGGACAUUGCAACUGAAGCCGGGGAAGAUAUUGAGAGCCCGUUGUCUUUGUUGAAGGAUUCUUCCAUGGUGGAGCCUCUUGGGAGUUGUGGACAUAAAGUUAUGGUGUGGUGGCUUCGCGUUGAGGGAAGGGCCGACAGCAAAUUCCCUGCCAGAUGGAUAAUUGACCCUCCGCUGGAUGUGACUGUCCCAGCAAAGCGCACACCCUGGCCGGAUGCUCCUCCAGAGCUGCCCACUGUCGAAAAGUUAGUCAGCAACCAAGAGAACAACAUCGAGAAGCGCACUGCAAAACCACGAACCAAAAGGCGCAGUUCUAGGAAGAGGAAGCAUGUAGUAAAGAAUGCAGAUGAAAACAUCUCCACCAAGAAUUCUGUCGAGAAAUAGUAAAGAUCCUGAAUUGGAUGGCUAUCACCAUUGUUUAUACUCACUCAUCUACAGACAACUAGUCAUGCCUUCAACAUCAUCAAGUUUGAGAACUACACGACCAUCCUUGUUUCGUAAAUAUGAGAUGGCAUCCCUUACCAUAGCAGUUGAUACAUACAUACUUGUUCAGCCCAUCUAGUUUUCAUAUAUUCUUUCUUCUUUUUUUGUUUUUUUCCCCUCAGUUUUUGCCCCAUUUUGUUUAUUGUCAUUGAAUUGUGAACUGUUUCAAAAAGAAAUUUAGUCUUGCAACAUUUCUGCUUGGCUGAAAGCCUAAAAAUUGUAUUCCUACUUUGUGCAUGAUGAUCAUUCUUGUUCAAUUUUUGGAUAUUAUUAUUGGGAUUU